AUGCUGCACACGAGGACGUUCGCCGUCGCUGCAGCAUCGCCUCUACUCGUCGAAAAUGUCUUGCCAUCGUGGUUGCCUCGUGUAUUUGGCAGCCAUUUUGUGUUCACGCGCUCCAUAGGUGAUCGUGCCAUAAACCGUGGCCACAUAUCGCGCCAAACCAUGUACGAAAAUUAUCAGAAGAUGCGGCGAAAGUACGAGUCGAAAAAGCUUCCUCAAGAUGUGAACCCUAAAGGAGUAUUUGCUUGCAACGAACUGGACCUGAAGGAGGUUCAAGUCUAUGGAUUCGAUUACGAUUACACGUUGGCUUGUUACAAACCAUCCAUGGACUACUUGCUCUACAACCUAGGCCGUGACAUGCUCAUUCAGAAAUACAAGUACCCGGAGGGAAUCAGCGAGCUCGAAUACAAGAAGGAUUUCGCUGUUCGUGGCCUCCAUUAUGACAUCGAAAAGGGUCUGCUGCUGAAACUCGACAGCUUUUUGCAAAUUCAAUUUGGCACCGUUUAUCGCGGUUUACACCCGUUGCCCGACGAUGAGGUCCUCAGGCUCUACAAAAACAGGAUAAUACCGAUCGCUUACGUCGAAGCGCCUCAUAGACACUCUCAUGAUACUGUACAUCGAACGAAAAUGGUACAAUUAGCCGAUUUAUUCUCAGUACCGGAAAUGUGUCUUCUAUGCAACGUAACGGAAUACUUCCUUAGAAAUCACAUCGACUAUCACCCCGAAAUACUCUUUAGAGAUGUAAAGAACUCCGUUCAGAGCUGCCACCCCGUAAUGCACGGAAUGGUGGUACAAAAUGUCGCCGAAUACCUGGAACCAAAUAAGGAUUUAAAACGAUUUUUUGAUCGACUUAAAAGGGCAAAUAAAAGGAUGUUUUUAGUAACCAAUAGUCCUUUCCAUUUUGUGGAUACUGGGAUGAAGUUUUUAGUGGGAGAAAAAUGGAAAAACUAUUUCGAUGUGGUAAUAGUUCAAGCAAGAAAACCGAAAUUUUUCACCGAAGAAUCUCGACCUCUCCGAAUAUACGAUGAAGUUAACAAAACCCAGUUGUGGGACAGAGUUACGAAACUCGAGAAAGGUGUUAUCUAUUUAGAAGGUACAGUGAAACAACUGCAGGAUAUGACCGGUUGGCGAGGACAACAAGUAUUAUAUUUUGGUGAUCAUCCUUAUAGCGAUUUAGCAGAUGUAACUUUGGAACAUGGUUGGCGAACUGGUGCCAUAAUUAAAGAGUUAACGCAUGAAAUUACAACCUUAAAUAAUCCAAAGUUCAAAGAACAUGCUAAUUGGUUGCAAAUGUUAACUGGACUGAUCGAAGAUCAUCAAGAUUAUACAGGGCCGGAGGUGAAGAGUGUACUAGAAGAAUGGAUGAAAGAAAAGGAACAAUUGAGAAACAAUAUAAAACGAGUGUUUAAUGAACAAUUUGGAUCUGUAUUCAGAACGUAUCAUAAUCCUACAUAUUUUUCGAGAAGGCUUUUUAGGUUCGCUGAUAUUUAUAUGAGCUCAAUUACAAAUUUAUUAGAAUACUCAACACAUCAUACGUUUUAUCCAAGAAGAGGCGUGAUGCCGCACGAAUAUACAAGUUAUUUCGUAUAAUGUAUAGGUCUAUGUUUAAACAUGUAACUAGAUUAUGUUUUCCUUCAAAACGUGUUCAAAUCUAGAGGAGCAAAAAAUCAGAAAUUUAAAAUUAAAAAAAAAAAGCGCAUUUUCAAUUUAUGUAAAUAAAAAGAGAAUGGUAGACUGUUUAACGUACUAGGAAAAAUAUGCAGUGAUAUUUUGUUCAAUAGUAUUUUGUGUAGAUAAAACGUAUACGUAUUAAUCA